AAGAACUUGAAUUCUUUCUAUACUCAAGUCAGUCAGAAAUGAAUGCAGUAUUUUUACACAGGGAACGAGAUUAGGUAGAAAUGACUUUUCCUGGCACCAAUUCAGAACGACAUUCUGUAGUUAUAGCUGAGUGAGAACUGAAGACUUCUUCAUUCACUUCUCUCUGCAAAUUGCAGCCAUCAACUUUCUUACAAGGAUUUAACACCCGUAAAUGCUUCCUAUUGAUUUCUCCCCUUCCCCCCUUUGUUGUUUCUGCUUUUUUAGUGAGUAAAUCAAAGUAGUCCUGUACUAUUUCUUUCUUUCUUUAUUAAUCCUCUUUGGUAGAAGCUCUCAACCCCAGAAUUUGAACCCUAAUAAUGACAAAUCUUUUUCUCCUAGUCACAGUUGGUGUGGGUUGUUUUGGAAAUAUAUGGAGCUAUUUGAGUGCUCUUCUAACCUGUAAUCAGAGGUUGAGUAGCUCAUGCACUGGCUUACAUGUUUUAUAGCCAGAAGUGGAAAAAGGGAAGUCUUAACACUUGCUUCUCUCAUAUGUAAUUGUGUUCUGAUUUCCAGCAUUGAUUAAAUUCAUUAAUAUCCAUCUAUCUUGGGACAGUGUUGUUCUUUAGCUCUUGACUCUAAUGGUUAUUCCACUGACAUAUUUUUAGGCAGUGGUUGUAUUACUGGCCUUCUUUCCAAAGCAAGACUUCUUCCAUCCAACUGGCUAGGAACUCCAGCUGGAAUUUUGUCCAAGAAUUCUGGACAGCAUUCCUAAUAAUACCUCUAAGGUGCUUUGUACAAUGAUGUUAAUGCUUCCCUGCUUCUGCUAGGAAAAUCUGGUCUGGCUCUUCCCACACCCCCUUCCCCUGUGUUGGCUGCCUCAUGUUUAUUAGUUGGGUUUUUUCUGUCAGAGAGCUUGUAGUUCAUAAUGGAUAGUUUUGCUCUUGGUCCUUAAAUUCCGAGGCUCAGGAUUUCAUCAGAUGUUUGCAAUAUCAGUCCUCUGGGUCAUCCCCUUUCUCCGGUGUGAUCCUUCUCAGCAUGAAUAACGCUUCCUGUCUUGCUUUGAUACUUCUCUACUUUCUGUGUCUGGUUCCUUAGUGCAAACAAUCCUUAAAACUUCCCUUUAGAAGCUCUUCUAGUAAUUAUUCACCACCAUUUUUGUCCAGAAAAACAAAAUUCUGGGUAAUCUCUAAUUGUUUUGGGUUUCUUUAAUAGAAUUUAGAGUUCUUAUGCAAGCCUUUCUGAGUCAUCAUUAAUACUCUUGCAUGGUAUUACAUGAGAUACUUCACUGAGAGCUGAAAAGGAUUUGAGUUAGUCUUGAACACACCUUUUCUGAAGCUAUAACAUCUGUCUCUUCAGAAUUUAUUCUGAAGCCUUGCCUUUUAUUUAGACCCAACUAAAAGCAAAUGGUAAUGACACCAAGAAAUUCAAAGGGGACGAUAAAAUGGAUGGGGCUCCUUCUCGUGUUCUUCAUAUCAGGAAACUGCCUGGGGAAGUGACAGAAACAGAAGUUAUUGCUUUAGGUUUACCUUUUGGUAAGGUGACCAACAUCCUGAUGCUGAAAGGGAAAAAUCAGGCAUUUUUGGAACUUGCCACAGAAGAAGCAGCUAUCACUAUGGUGAAUUACUACUCUGCUGUGACGCCUCAUCUUCGGAACCAACUUAUCUAUAUCCAGUAUUCCAAUCAUAAAGAACUGAAGACUGAUAACACACUUAACCAGCGGGCCCAAGCUGUUCUUCAGGCAGUGACAGCUGUGCAGGCAACAAAUGCUCCCAUUAGUGGGACCACUGUUAGUGAGAGUGCAGUGACUCCAGCUCAGAGUCCAGUACUUAGAAUAAUCAUUGACAAUAUGUACUAUCCAGUAACCCUGGAUGUUCUUCAUCAGAUAUUCUCUAAAUUUGGUGCUGUAUUGAAGAUAAUCACAUUCACAAAGAAUAACCAGUUUCAAGCUUUACUGCAGUAUGGUGAUCCAGUAAAUGCACAGCAAGCAAAACUAGCCUUAGAUGGUCAAAAUAUUUAUAAUGCUUGCUGUACCCUACGGAUUGAUUUUUCCAAACUGGUGAAUUUGAAUGUCAAGUACAACAACGAUAAAAGCAGGGACUACACUCGUCCUGAUCUUCCAUCUGGUGAUGGACAGCCAGCGCUGGACCCAGCUAUUGCUGCAGCAUUUGCAAAGGAGACCUCUCUUCUAGGGCUUCCUGUUGCAGCUGUUCCAGGAGCUCUGAGUCCUUUGGCUAUUCCCAAUGCUGCUGCUGCAGCUGCAGCUGCUGCUGCCGGCCGGGUGGGAAUGCCUGGAGUUUCCGCUGGUGGCAAUACAGUUCUCCUGGUUAGCAAUUUAAAUGAAGAGAUGGUUACGCCCCAAAGUCUGUUUACCCUCUUCGGUGUUUAUGGUGAUGUGCAGCGUGUGAAGAUUUUAUACAAUAAGAAAGAUAGUGCUCUUAUACAGAUGGCUGAUGGAAACCAGUCACAGCUGGCCAUGAGCCAUCUUAAUGGACAAAAAAUGUACGGCAAGAUUAUUCGGGUUACCCUUUCUAAACAUCAGACAGUACAACUACCUCGAGAGGGACUUGAUGACCAAGGGCUGACAAAGGAUUUUGGUAAUUCACCUCUGCAUCGCUUCAAGAAACCUGGUUCAAAAAACUUCCAAAAUAUAUUCCCUCCUUCUGCAACACUUCAUCUGUCCAAUAUUCCACCCUCGGUAGCAGAAGAGGAUCUACGCACAUUGUUUGCUAACACUGGAGGCACUGUGAAAGCGUUUAAAUUCUUUCAAAGAGAUCACAAGAUGGCACUUCUUCAGAUGUCAACAGUAGAAGAAGCUAUUCAAGCUUUGAUUGAUCUUCACAAUUACAAUCUGGGAGAAAAUCACCAUCUGAGAGUUUCCUUCUCGAAGUCAACCAUUUAAAAAGGCAGAUUGGAAAAGGAGGGUGUCUUGCAUUGUUUGGUGUUGUCACCUAUUGACUGUUCAGGAAAGUGGGGACCAGAGUUUGUCUUCUCUUGUUUUUAGGGGUUUUUUUAAUUAUUUUCUUCUCAUGCUGUUAUCAUUCCUUGAUUGUUUUAAAAACUUAAACCCUUCAAAGCAGUGAUACUAACUGCUGGUGUUCAGCUGUUGUUGAUAAACCAUCUUUUUGUUGAAAAGAUUUCAAGUUAAUACCACAGGUUUUCAACUUAGUUGACGUACGUGCCUUAAAAAAGGAGAACUAGUACUGCUGGAAUUGCAUAACUAGUGAAAAAGCAAAUUUGGUUGUCUGGGGCACAUUGUUACAUGACGAUUUUAAUAUGUUUUGGCAGGGGUGUGUAAAAAGGUUAAGCUUUUGUUUCUCCUGCUUGAUAGAUUUCUUUUAUCUGCUGGCUUGUCACUUAGUUUUCUUUUUAAUCGGAUAAGAUGCAUUAGGCUGAAAGAGUAAAAAGGACGUUAUUUGAUUUGCUACUUUUUUGCUUUGUGCUCAUUUGUUUGGAAAAGGCCUUUAGUAUUUCAUCGUUCUGGUCUAGAUUCAGUUCUGAAUGUAGGCAUUAGUUAAAAUUAACAAGGUACGGAAUAUUAAUUUCUUCAAAGGACAAAAAGUGACUUCUGUGACUUUGAGCCCUGCGUGAAAAGCAUUGUGGGAUCUUAACCUUUUUGUACACACUCUUGUGGGAUGUAUCAUAUAAAUGUCAGCACUAAGUAAUGUCUUGUUUGUGGCUGAAUAUUUUUCGUAGAUGUUUUUUGAAGUUGACAUGACUUACGUGCAUUUCAAUAUAUAUUGCCAUCUUUAGUUUGUAAUUAAGAUAUGGAAUAUGGUUGUGGAUUUCUGAGCAUGUACAGACUGGUCAAGCUAGUUCAGGAAAUGGUGCAUGUAUUUUUUCAAUGAAGAAGAAAGUUUGCUGCAGAAGCUGGCAGGAAAUUUUGGGGCAGUUUCCUCAAACUGACAAACCAGGUGGGACCAAAGUUUAUGUGCCUUUAGUCUUAAUUUACCUUGCAUUGUAAUAUUCAGUUUUAAUAAAUCUCUUCAAACUAUUUUGUAUUUAGAAAUUGAUCUGACUUUACUAUAAACAUGGCUCAGAAUCUACAGAUCCAGUUCAUUUGAAAGCAGUUCUCUGUCAGGCUGAACUGUUACCUUGAUUCUGUUUCAAUGACCAAUGCUUUUUGAAAUUGAUGUACUUAGUUUCAAGAUCCAUAGAUUCUGUUAUCUAUGUAGAGAGAGAAAAAAAAAAACAAAUGGUCAUGUAUAUUUUCUAUUAGUUGAGUUUUUACAUCUUUAGAAUUGUAAAAUUCAGUCUAGUUUGAAAGUGGCACAAUUAAAAAUUAAUUUUCUAACAAAGUUGGGAGGUUUGACGGUGGUUUAAUUUCAUUUUGUGUGUACUCUGCUUACCUCUGUAGCAUGCUCAAUAAACACUUCUGUAGCUCUGUAUUCACCUUUUCUGUCUUUCUCUGCUGCUUUCUCUCUCUCCUCUUCUUUGUUUUUCACUUCUACUGUGCUUCUAAAUUCAUGUUUAUUCUCUGCCAGGGUGGGAAAAGCAUAAUACUCCAAAA